UAUUCGGCGCAGGAUAUAAAUAUAAAUUUGGAGUCCAGUCAUUUGUACUAUUGUUUUUAGUUUUUGGGGUCUGGCUUUCGUUACAUUAAUUAUUAAUUAAACAAACUUGUGUGAUUAUUAGGUAGUUUUGUUAUGUCUGGGAAAACCAAGCCAGCUGAAGUCACAUCAGCUAGGAUUAGGUUAGAUGCUACUCUCCAACACUUGGUAGAUAGGAAGGAAGACAGUCAUGAAGCCAUCAGUGAUGGAGAAAGCAGUGUUCCCCUUGCAGAACCUGUUAGUAAACAAGUAACAUCACCUAAAAAAUCGACAUCAAAACAAGGCAGAAAAAGGAAAAGACGAGAAGAUUCUGAAGAAUAUGAUACAACAGACGAGCAGCAGACGGUGAUCAUGAAGUUAUUUGAUCGAAGUGUUGACCUAGCACAGUUCCCAGAAGACACCCCCCUGUUUCCUGUGUGUAGGGCAUGGAUACAAAAUAGACCACACGACAAAAGCUUGGGGACUUUACAGGAAAGACCUCUGUCUCCUAAAAUUGAAGAGGAUCCAGAUGACGGGUGCAUAUACAGAAUGCCCCCUCCUCUUAAAUCUGAAGAAGGCUGCUUGUAUGAUUUGAGGAUCCCUGAACCACUACCACAAUCAGAAGAAAGGCUAAAUCUAUCUGGACAGGACCCAAAAAAUGUGCCAGCGCCUGACCACUUGCUAUUGGAGCACUUGAACAGAUGGAAGAAUGUCAGAGAAAGAUGGCGUGUUGCCAGUGUAAUGAAUGAGAUGCAGUACAUCAGCAGUAUGCAGCUACUCAAAGAAAUGUUUGAUAGAAAUGUGGAUAAUACUUUAGGCUGAACCCUUGAUCUGGACACUGUUUGAAAUGCUUUUGCUCAUACAAGGACGAUGUUUGGCUGUUGGAUAAUUCUUCACUUUACACAUAAUUCAAGUCUUUGCCAUCAGAUUGAUCUUAGGAAAGAUGAAGUAGAGUUUAUACUCCUAUGUCAACAUUUUUAGAAGGGAUUGUUAAUGUUAGGCCAACAGUAAUAUUUGAGUGCUUCUUAAUUAAUUAUUGUUGGACCUGUCUAGCUUAUCAAAUUAGGUAUGAUGUAGAAAAUGUUCUUGAAUAUAACACUUUAAAAACAAUUAAUAACCAGAUGAUUUAAAUGUUUAGUGGGAAUUCUUGUAUAACAGUGUAAUUAGAUUAAGUGUUUGAAUAUUCCACCAUGGUAAAGUCAGAGAGCUGUCAGUUAACUUGAACUUUUAUCAAACCACACCAUGGAGAUUGCAGCAGUGAGAGUUGCAUUGGUUAUCUUCAUGAUUCCAAAACUAGAAUAAAGCAAGAAAAAUUAUUAUCUGUGCAUGGCUACUAUAGUUUAUUUCCUUAUUGCCAAUGUGUUUUCAUUUUUUUUUUCAAAUACUUAACUUAUUACCUGCCUUGUAAAACAUUAACUUAUGCAAUAUGUAAAUGAGAUGUAAUUAAAAUU